UCGCUUUGCUGUGGAGCUUUGACCACCCAACCCCCGUCGACGAUGAUAUCAGGGUGCAUCCUUGAUAUAUAACUAAACGCUCCCUCGCUUGUUUCGUUGAUCAUUUACUAAGAAACUUACCGAUACCUGCACCACCUUUCCAGCUCUUCAAGUCGUUGGGCUUGGGCGACCUUCGUCUCAUAUUAUCAUGCGUUUCGCUUACCUCGCGACGUUGGCGGGCUCGCUGCUGGCUGGCCUGGCCCAAGCAGUCCAAGUCAACCCGCUACCUGCCCCUCAACAUAUCAAAUGGGGUGACUCUGGACCUCAAUAUCUUGAUUGGAACGUCAAAUACAGUGGCCCCAGAGACCGAACGAUCAUUGCGGCAUGGCGUCGCACUUGGGAAUCUAUCGUACAGCUGCGGUGGACGCCAGCGGCACUAGAAGCUCCGAUCCCAACUUUUGCGCCUUUUAUAGUAGGCAACGAUAAGCGCGACGCACAUUCAAAUCGACGUAUCCUUAGAGUUAGCGUCAAUGUCGAAAACACCAAUGUUGAUUUGCAGCAUGGCGUCGAUGAAUCGUAUAGGUUACAGAUUCGGGACAAGUCGGAUAGUAUCAGGAUCACCGCUAAGACAACUUGGGGCGUUCUCCGUGCCUUCACCACUCUCCAGCAGAUCGUUAUUUUCAAGCGUGGGCGAUUUUUGGUUGAACAGCCGGUCAAUAUUCUGGAUUAUCCUCUCUAUCCGGUUCGUGGCAUCAUGAUAGACACCGCCCGCAACUUCAUCAGCGUUAAAAAGAUUUUUGAGCAACUUGAUGGAAUGGCCCUCUCCAAGCUUAAUGUCCUCCACUGGCAUAUUACUGAUACCCAGUCCUGGCCGGUUGAGGUCCGUUCAUAUCCUCAGAUGACAGAGGAUGCAUACUCCCGCAGAGAGACAUACGGCCCAUCCGACAUCCGCAAGGUCAUCGAAUAUGCCCGAGCUCGUGGUAUUCGUGUUGUCCCUGAAAUUGAUAUGCCCGGUCACUCCGCCUCAGGUUGGCGAAAGAUUGAUCCAGAUAUUGUGGCUUGCGCAGAUUCCUGGUGGUCCAAUGAUGAUUGGGAGAAACACACAGCUGUCCAGCCGAACCCCGGUCAACUAGAUAUCGCUAAUAACAAAACCUACAAGGUCGUCGAGAAAGUCUACAAUGAUAUUAGCCGGAUUUUCACCGAUGACUGGUUCCAUGUUGGUGGUGAUGAACUACAACCCAAUUGCUUCCUCACGAGUAAAAUCGUCAGGGAUUGGCUCAAGCAGGGUUCUCGCACCUUCAAUGACCUUCUCCAACACUGGGUUGACAGAACUGUACCCAUGAUGAAGAAAGUGAAGAAGAACCGUCGUCUUCUUAUGUGGGAAGACGUGCUUCUCUCGGGAAACAUGCAUGCCCACAGGGUCCCAAGAGACAUCAUCAUGCAAUCCUGGAAUGGUGGCCUCGCUAACAUCAAAAAUCUUACCGCUAGGGGUUACGAAGUCAUCGUUUCCUCUGCAGACUUUCUGUAUCUUGAUUGCGGUUAUGGUGGCUGGGUCGGCAAUGAUCCUCGUUACAAUGUCAUGGAGAACCCUGAUCCCGAGACACCCAACUUCAAUUACGGCGGUAAUGGUGGCUCCUGGUGUGGGCCCUACAAGACCUGGCAGCGAAUCUACAACUACGACUUCACCGACGGACUCAAUUAUGCCGAAAAGAAGCGCGUUAUCGGUGCUAUUGCCCCGCUAUGGUCCGAACAAGCCGACGAUGUUGUCAUUUCGAAUAAAAUGUGGCCUCGCGCCGCAGCCCUAGCGGAGCGGGUUUGGUCCGGCAAUGUGGGCAAGGAUGGCAAGAAGCGCACCACACUUAUGACACAGCGAAUUCUUAAUUUCCGUGAAUAUCUUGUUGCAAACGGUAUCAUGGCUGCUCCUUUGCAGCCAAAGUAUUGUUUACAGCAUCCCCAUUCGUGCGAUCUUUACUACGAUCAAACUGUGAUCAUGUAAAUAGGGUCUGUGUUUGAACUGGGUUGUUCGCCAUCUGGAAGAACAAUGUGGUGGGUAAUAAUUUUUUCCUUUUUUUUGGCCCAAUUUCUCCUUUUCUUCUCGCCUUUGAUCUCCUUUUUGCUCUAUGGAUUUUUUGCUUUGUUUAACCCAGUGUUUAUAGCAGAAAUAGAUGUAUUUACCUGAAUAAGGAAUCGUUUUGUGAUUAGAAACACCGCAGGGCCAUAUCUGUGGUUUGUCAAAGAUGGUAAACAUACCUACCCGCGAAGUCUUCAUAAAAAGCUACCAUCAAUAUAGUUACUACAUCACAAGGCUUAUGGUAUAACUGGUGAAAUAUAUAU